UCUGAUGUUAGGCAACAGUAACUCCUCCGUCCCACUCAGUCUGCUCUCUCCGCUCUGCCUCUGCUCUCCUGUUUCAGCCAGUCUGUCCGCCCUCCAGCGUAGUACUCUCCUUUCACUCACCGCUUUUCAUCACCAGCUAGGAUACAUUUACGCGAAACCCACGCAGGUAGACGAGAGCUCCGGCGUAGUGUGCUGAAGAGUUUCCCUCAGCUGAUACACAGAGAUAUAAAUGCACGUUACCUUGGAACGGACAUAGAAAGUGUUGCUGGAGUUUCUUCCCCAUACUACGUUUUUAAUCCCAAAGGAUACUGCACACAGCUGCACAGGCUGCCAGCUCCAACUGUGGCAAACACAAGUCGAUGACUGAGAACUCCGCCUCCCACGAUGGACAAGAAAAGUGCCAACGGCUUUCAGACCAAGGCUAGUGAGGGCGGUGUUCAGAGGAAGCAGUUGCCCUACUCAGUGGAGACUCCCUAUGGCUUCCAUCUGGACCUGGACUUCCUCAAGUAUGUUGAUGAUAUUGAAAAAGGCAACACCAUCAAAAGGGUCAACAUCCAGCGCAGGGUCAAGGUCCCACCCAAAUUCAGCACACUACCUAGAAACUUCAGUCUCCCUGGGCAUGGAGCCAGGCCUGCCUCUAAGGAAAAGGACAGCACAUGGUCAGGAACAUCCACCUUGGGGCCCAAGCCUAAAUCACGGGUGACAGAGGUGCAACAAUUCUUUGACUUCAGGGCAAAUGAAGGGGGGACUUCCAGCCAGAGCAACAGGGGGACAACCAGUCAGGGGGGUGGUUAUGUUGCACCUAAACCCAGAGAUGAAACAGGCACUGGGGCUCGAGGUGUUGAAGAGAAAACUGGGGGGAUUCAAAAUCGUCCGAACCUGCUCCGAGCAUCAAGCAUGCCGGUCACCCUCCAGCAGCGGAAAAGCUCUGAUUCAAGCAGUCCGGAUCGUACUGUGGGAACACCAGACAAUGGCUCAACAGAAAACAUGUUCCGUGCUUCACCAGAUGUAACAGAGAGACGUUGCGUACCCCAGGAUCGAACAGGGCUCCACCAGCAGAUCACAGUGGCACUGAAGCGAGUCAGAGAGCUGGAGGAAAUGGUUAAAACCAUCCCGGAGCUUAAGGCCCAGAUCUGCUCACUGAGGGAGGAAAGGGAGCGGCUAUUGGUAGAGCUCCAAGCCCAGACCCAAGCACAGAUUUCCACAUCACCCUCUACAACAGCCCCUGACGCUGGGUCACAUACUCAGCCGGUAGCACACAGAUCCUCAGAAGGGCUCAGUUUAGCUCCGACGAUUCAACCUGCUGGAGUGACAGAGAAAAGCAGAGUUUCACAAAAAGAUGAGAGUGCCUCAGCACAUGGAAAAAUGGGCAAGUUGUCAGCACAAGAAUCUGAGAGACUAUCACAGCCGUCAGAAAAAUCAGACAAACCAAAAGAAGCAAUAGAGAAAUCACUGGAGCAUGCAGCACACAAGCUAUCACAGGACACAGCAGGGCAGCAAUUAACAUCAAGUAGAGAGGCUAUUAAAGAUGCAGGGACAAGCAACAUUCAAGAUGCGGAAAAACUGAGACAACCUGAGAAACCAGACAGUGUGCAGAUGCUGCAGGAGAAGCUAAUGAUACUGGAGGAUAAACUUACUCAGGCCAGCCAAGAGCUGGAUAAAACUAAUAGUCUUUUAAAGGAACAAAUAGAGGACAACAUGGUAAAAGAGGAGAAAAUACUGCAACUGAGUGAGGGAGUGAGAGUGGAGAUUUGUACUCCAGAAGUAGAGAGCAGGCCAAGAAGAGAGAGCAUCGACACAGGAACAGUGACAGAGAGAGUCGAUUUUGCGAACCAAGAGACGGAGACAGAGUCAGUCGAUAGAGUAGAUCAGGGUACAGAUACAGAUAAAAUCUGUGUUGAAGUAUGUGUACCCAGUAUAAGUAUUGAUCAAGUAACUGAUACUAAAGUGGAAACACAAGACGAGGUCACAGACAUGGAGGCAGAAGUACCUGCAACGAGCCCACCAAGACCCAGAGCCGACAGCAUUGAACGGGGAACAGUUACUGAGAGGAUCCCCACUCAGGAUCAGAUGACUGAGAUGCCAGUGGCUGAGAGGGUCAACCAAGUCACAGAUAUGGAGGCAGAAGUACCUACACUGAGUCCACCAAGACCCAGAGCCAACAGCAUGGAACGGGGAAUGGUCACUGAGAGGAUCACCACUCAGGAUCAGACGACUGAGACGCCAGUGGCUGAGAGGGUCAACCAAGUCACAGAGACAGAGGGAGAGACAGUGACAGACCAUCCACGGGGACCGAGAGCCAGCAGUGCAGAUCGGGGGACAGAGACAGAGAGGGUGGACACUGUAGACAGGGUGACAGAGACAGAGGUGGCACAGAGGACCGACCAGGUGACAGAGACAGAGACAGAGACAGAGAGACGACCAGGCAACAAUCCAGCCAGAGGUGCAGAAGCAGAGAGUCCGGGAAGAGAAAGCACAAGCAGAGAAAGAGUAGAGGAAGUCGGCACGGUGGUCAGUGAAAGCACGGAGGACCAGGAAGAAAACGAAAGAAUUCAAAGAGUUAGUGAAAGUGUGGUAAUGAGAGUUAUCACAGAGAGUUCAGUUGUUGUUCAAGAAAGUGCAGUUGGGCAAAUUAUAGCUUUGGACUUUGUGAGCCAGAAGGAAGAGCGUACCAGUCCAACUGCUUCAACAGAAGAAGAUAAGGAAUCUGCGAUUGAAACAAGUACGACUUCACAGAAAGACUCAGAAACUAAAGAAAUUACAGAGACUGAGACAGAGAGUGUCGUGACAGGAACUGAUGAAAUGAAGCAGAUCGCCAUGGAGAGUAAAGAGAAGAAAGAAACGGGAGAGGGUGAGAUUGUGUGUGCGACAGUCAAAGACACUGUGGUCACUGACGUGGUUGUAACAGCAGCAGAGGACGCAGCUGUGAAGACAGUAGUUCCUGUCAGACCUCAGAGAGGCCGGAAGCUCUCAGCAGAGCCGGCACAGCCAACACCGCCUCAACCUCAGGCUGCACCUGUGCGUCCUCGCAGAGGAUCCAGUGAAGGUCAGGCCAAGCAGCCCCAGACAAAGCCCCAACCCCAGGCACAAGUACAGGAUGCACCUCAGCUUGAGGCUCAAUCUCCAACACAGCUCUCAGAACAGCAGGUAAAACAUGAAGCCCCGUCUGUGGCUAAGGUUGAGGACAAGAGCCAAGCAAAGAGGCCUUCUGAGGAGUCUGCUGAGGAAAAACCUCCAUCAAAACCUCAGGCUGAGACUCGGGGUCCGUCUUCUUGCUCCAGUGGAGUCCAAACCCGUCCAAAAUCAAUUCAGGCCCAGUCGCACUCUCAAGCCUCUGCAGCUAGACGGGGCUCAAAAGAGCUUAAAGGAACACAGAGGGGGUCCAGUGUGUCACAGCCUCCUAGUCGUGGAUCAGAAGCCCAAACCCGCCAGACUCGUCAGGGGUCAAGCGAUUUGCAAAGUCAGUCUCAGGGCUCCCGUAGAAGUUCCAGUGAGACUCAGCCCCCUCACAAAGAUGCCAGUGAGACACAAUCCCUGCGCAGAGCCUCUAGUGAAACAGCCAAGCGACGUGGGUCAACUGAAGCCCAGGCCUCUCGUCGGGACUCCGGUGAGGCCCAAACUCCUCGCAGAGGAUCCGGCGAGUCUCCGACCUCACCUGCGGCUUUGGGCCAAGUCGUAACCCGGUUAACAGGGCUUCUGGGGGAGCAGUGGGCACAGCUGGGGAGCAGCUCUGGAGCUCAACAGCCAGCCAGCCAGCAGGAGAUCCCAAGCACACAGAAACAGACAGCAGGGAAAAGAGCAGAGGCAGGAAAAGGAGCAGCAGCCAAGCCUGUGGGGAAAGCAGUCCCUGCAGCAACGACGGCGAAACCAACAGGGAAACCGGCAGGGAAACCGGCAGGGAAACCAGCAGGGAAACCCGGUCCUUCCAAAAUGAGCUCCAUUCAGAGUCAACUGGUCAGUUCCCUCAGUGUCCUCUCUGCCUUCUACUCACCAGCUCAGAAAGCCGCUGCAGCCAAAAAACAGCAAGAACAAGGUCUCAAAUCCAUCAUGAAGAAAAACGGGGUUGCUGACAAGCAGGGCACCAAGGGAGCCAAGAAAAACCUGAAGUUUGUUGGAGUGAAUGGAGGCUACGAGACGACCUCCAGCGAAGAGUCCAGUGGAGACGAGAAGUCAAAGGUGGAGGUGGAGGUGGAGGAGGAAGGGGACAGCUCAGAGCCAGAGGUGGAGAAGGAGAAAGAGAAGGAGAAAGAGAAAGAGAAAGAGAAGGAGAAGGAGAAAGAGAAAGAGAAAGAGAAAGAGAAGGAGCCUGAAGCGGCAGAUAAGCCUGAGGAGGCAGCAGAGACCCAGGCAAAGGAUGCAGAGGUCCCUGCUGAGGGAGGAGGUGCUGUGGCCGGAGAGGAGCAGAGAGAAAGAGGCCUGAUGGAUCCACAGAGCAGCCAGGAGCUCCAGGAGGAGCAGGCUGAGCGGGAGAAAGUUGACAAAGCGUUUAUAGAUGCUUGCGUCUAUGUGAAGGAUCGUAUGGAAGAGGUUCCAUCGCCUGAUAAAGAAAUGCGUCAGGUUUUAGUGGUGCUCUACCAGGAGUGGUUCAAGGUGUCCAGUCAGAAGGACUCGCAGGCCGACACCGUCAGACUGUACCUGCGACAGGUGGGCCUGACCACACCCACUCUUCUGCCGUAUGUCGUCAACUUGACAGAUGGCAACGGGAACAUGGCGCUGCACUACAGCGUGUCACACUCCAACUUCCCUGUGGUCGAGCUGCUGCUGGACACUGGUCUAUGUGAAACCAAUAAUGUGAACAAGGCCGGCUAUACUCCAGUGAUGCUCGCUGCGCUGACAGCUGCUGAGAGCCCCGGUGAUCUGGAGGUGGCUCAACAACUGCUGAGACUGGGGGAUGUCAACGCUCGCUCCAGACAGGCGGGCCAGACGGCACUUAUGCUCGCGGUGAGCCACGGUCGCGUUGCCAUGGUGAAGCUGCUCUUGAGCUCGGGCGCGGAUGUCAAUGGCCAGGACCGCGAGGGAUCCACAGCCCUGAUGUGCGCGAGCGAACACGGACACACGCACAUCGCUCGUCUGCUGCUGGAGACGGGUCGCUGCGACUCCGGCCUCGUAGAUAAGAAUGGUCAGACGGCUCUGUCGGUUGCAGAAGCCACCUCCCACCAAGAGAUAGUUGACCUUCUGAAGGCCCAAACCGAGGGCCAAGCCUCGGAGCCCCCGGCUGCCACAGACCUCCUCUGAGCCAGGCAGACCCCGGUUACUCUUCCAACACCGCACCACACUUCAGAAAUCCAGAGACCCUCUGCAGCACCAACGUAGAGGGAAACAACCGAGACACACAGGACACACUCUGCUACGUUUACUGUGGAAUCAUGGGAGCUCACGUGUAAACCUCUGCGACCGGAGCGUCCUGCAAACGUACGGCCACACAUUUCUUCCACAUCUCUGCCGACACGGUGUCAUAUGCUGCAUCAACCACUCAGUGGACAGACAACAAAGGGGGCAGGUGGUCAGACAUAUAUAUAUAUAUAUAUUAUAUUUAUAUUCUCACCCCACUGUAUAUGGACUGGCAAGUGGACGCUGCUUCCUCUCAUAAAACUAGCUUGUCCGGCAAGAUACUAAGCACAUGAUCUACCUUUCAAAUAUAUGAUAUGAAAUGAUUUCUAUUUUUUCCUUUGACGUCAUUGACUUGAUCCAUAUUUGGACAUAAGCCAUUAUUAAGAACAUAGUAUAUGUAGAGUGUUAUUCUAACAGAUAAUAAUCGUAUACAAACACAGAAAGUGUAUUUUCUACAGUUUUUUAAAAAAAAGUUGUGUUUAUGUACAGUGAAAAGUCCUCUAUAAUAUCGGUGUCCAGAAGAAACUAUAUCUCCAAAAGUGUAGAGUGCAAAGUAGAACUUGUGGUGAAAUUUCCCAUCAUUCAGUGGGGUUUGGCAUCAUUUAGUGUGUUGUUAUAUUAUGUUUUUCACGUCUGACAUCGUCUGUGAAAUAUUGAAAAAUAAAUGGAUUAGUUGGAGAUAAAAAUCUGUUGGAAACAGAAGAAAUGAUUAUUUUUAAAUAACCUGAUAAAAGACAGAUAAGUCUACAAAUAUAAGAGGAUUGUAUUCAGAAGGCGCUGCAUGCAGAUACUCAGUCACGCCCCCUGCUGGUCGCCCUGUAGUAAACCAACAACAGUAUGUUGUAAUACUGUCUGUUCUCAUGAUUAUAAUCUCUCUCUCUCUCUGUGUCUCGGCCUCCAUCCCCCAGUUCAACUAUAAUGUACGUCUUGUUUGCCUGCUUGCGUCCAAUCGAAUCGUGUAUGCAACUGCUUCAAAAUGCACAAUGAAUGUCAGGCUGGCUGCGACACAUCCCAAUAGAACACUGUAGCUGGCACGGAUCAUGGGACUAACAGAGAGUUAGGCUGUCGGUGACAAAAAGACAUUAAUCUUGAAGAAAAAUCCUCAACACGAAGAUCUGAUUUGCCUGUUUUCAAAUAAUCACUAACACCAGAACUGUGUUUUUUUGUUUGUUUUCUGUCUAAAGCAAUAUAAAUGGCUGAGUGGCUUUGAUCUCGCCUUAAUCAGAUGACAUGUGGAGGAGACGUGUUCCAGGGAGCGUGGCCUUUUAGCAUCUGUUUACCACAAAACUUCACCCAUAUUCUUAAAGUAUCUUCCAGCAAGAGUACUGGUCUGAUGAAGGUUUUACGACUCAGCGUUUCUCCCACUGCAGAUGUCAAACAGGUCAGCAAGUUUACAAAGAACAAAAGGGAUCAAUGGUUCCACCUGGGAACAGGAAACUGAUUCUCUGGAGGUUUAAUUACAGACAGACACGUAACUGCACAAGUGUCAUUUUUUAAAUCCAUGUUUCCAUGUUAAAAUCCUGUUUACAUGUGAUCUUUAAAUGGAGAUUUAAAAAGGGGGAAACAACACAUCAUUUAACAACUGUCAUGUUUGUGGUCGAGUGAACUUCUGCAGAAACAAGGAGAACGAUUCCUCCGAUCUUAGAUGAACUUUUUCAUUUGUUUCUAACUGAAGAACCUGAAUUAGAUUUCAAAUGUCUUAGUCUUCUCUAAUCAUAAGUAUGGUGCUGUCUCGUAAGCUACUUCAGGCGGAUUCUGCCUCCACCAGUCCGCUGGCUUUCGCUAUGGUUCUCGUCAUCAUCCAAACACACACGUGCACAAGGGUACACACAGACACACACAUGGACGUCUGCACGCAGCCCAGAACAACAACUUUUCUUUUUCCUGAGACGCAGUGUGGUCUGACCUCUGAUCCUGCACCAGUACUCUCAUAUCUGGACACUUUAUAAUUAUGGGUGUUGGCAUGAAACUAUGUAGAAAGACAAGAAGAUAGAUGGAUGACGUAAAAGUAUCUUAAUUAUGUAGUAAAAGCUGCAUUUACUCUAAAACAAUGAGACUUUUUUCCAGCAGUGGUUUAGCGAUCACAUCAUUUGUUGAGUCACAGGCUACAAACAUGUGCGUCUGCGCCCGAACGUCGAUCUGACCUGUGCUGCUGUGAAGCGUCUGGUGUUUCUGGUGUUUCUGGUGUUUCUGGUCUUCCGUGCCUGUGUCUUCAAGUCUUAAAUCUCAUCCAUAUGUUUAAUCCAGUGUGACCCAGAUGUAAUAAAGGUUUGCGUAAGUGGCUGAACACCAAAGACCUGAAAUCGAGUCUGUUUCACAUGGGGUUAAAUAUAUAUCUAUUUUACCUGUUCCUGUAAAAUCCAGCCAAAUACAUGUAUAUACAGUAUUGUGAAGAGUAUAUACCGAGUAUUGUCUGACAAGUUUGCUCUAUAAAGGAUAUUGAGUAUUUAUUCCAAAAGCUAUAUUUUUACCAUAUAUAUACAUAUAUAUAUAUAUAUAGUAUACGUACGUAUGCAUGGACAAAUACUCCAGUGAAUCUGUCGCGAGGGGAAUAUGGAUGAUUAGAAAAUAUGCUACGUGUUCCCUGAGUAUGUGAUUAUUUGACUUGACGUUGACUGGUCAGGUGGUUUCGUCAUGUGUGAGGUUGUGGACUGUGUCACGUGUCGUUUUAACGCAAACAUUGAUGUUUGUGUCGGGGGAUACGAAGCAGAUCUGACACUGGUUUAAGCUGCAAAAGGGCAAAGUGCUCUCGUUGGAAAAACCCCAUCUGAAAAUCCGAGUCUGUGUAUAUGACAGAGUCAAAUGUAAAAACCUGUACCUCUCUGUAGUAUUCCUUGUACAACAAGCUUGUAUGUUACAAACCAGAGAACUAAUUCUAAAUAAAUGAAUAUUUAAAACUUA